AUGGCAAAAACACCAAGCGGACAUCGCCGCCCGACGCGUCGCAGCCAUCGACGUGACACCUUUGUCCACCCUCCUCUCCUAUUCCUCUCCAGCGUUCUUCUCCCGCAUCCAAAACACCCCCGGUCGCUCAUCAUGGCGCAAUCAGACAAACUCCUCGGCGGAGCAAUGCUCCUCGUAGCAGCAUUCGUCUUUGUGUACUAUACCACCUGGGCUCUCUUUACCCCCUUCCUCCCCUCCGACUCACCUCUCCAAUCCCUCUUCCCCGCCCGCGAUUGGGCUAUCCGCCUACCCCUCUUCGUCCUGCUGACGGGUAUAUCGGUGAUAGGCCUGUUCUUUGGCAAGGUUCUGCUGGGGGAGGCUAGAAAGAAGAAGCAGAAGGCUGGGAAGAAGGUGUAGAUUUCGUUUUGUUUUCAGUGAGAUGGGAUGGAGAGAUAGAGGGGAAUGUGUAAGAGUAGGAUAGCAAAGAAGGAUGAACGAAUGAGAUGUAUACGAGAAUGUGCUUGAUAAAGAUGUUUAUGCUGCAUAGCUGGGUUGAACGUGUGGGAAAGCGA